AUGACUAGUAAAAGCGAAACUAAGGUAGAAUCGCAGGACGAAGCAAUUGCCAAGGUUUUGAAGGAUCCAACCAAAAAGCGGAAGGCUGAAGAUGAGAUCGAGAUUGAUUUGAGUCAACCAGUUCCUCUUUCAAAGAAGCAGAAACGUUUGCUGAGACGAGGCAAAGUUACCCUUGAGGAGUUAAAUGCCAAAUAUAAUAUUGAUCCGAAGUCCAUUGAAGAUUACAAUAAUGAAGACAAGAAGGAAAGUCAGGAUCCUAAGGAUGCUCAAGGAUCCGAAAGCAAAAAAGGCGGUGAAAAGGAUACAGAAACAACGGGAGAUGGUGACACCAAGAAAGCCAGAAAGUUUGGUGUUUGGAUCGGAAACAUGUCUUUUGACACUUCGAAAGAAGAUAUUGUACGCUACCUGGUGAAUAAGACCGCUGACUCAGAAGACGGAGGCAAGAUUCUCGAGUCUGAUAUUAUCAGAGUGAACAUGCCUUUAGCAAAGAACGACGGUAAAACAGUUAGGAAUAAGGGGUUUGCCUACUUGGACUUCCAGACCAAGGAACAGAUGGAGGCUGCUAUCGCACUAAGCGAAACGCAACUCAAUGGACGGAACCUGUUGAUCAAAAACUCCAAGAAUUUUGAGGGCAGGCCUGAUAAGAACGAUCUAGUUUCCAUGUCUAAGAACCCCAAGUCCCGCAUUCUGUUCGUUGGAAACUUAUCCUUUGACACAACUGACGAAUUACUUAAAAGGCACUUUCAGCACUGUGGGGAGAUUGUUCGCAUUAGAAUGGCUACCUUUGAGGAUAGUGGAAAGUGCAAGGGAUUUGCUUUUAUUGACUUUAAAGAUGAAGCUGGAGCUACUGCGGCCCUUACUGACCGUAGUUGUCGAAAGAUCGCCUCUCGUCCUAUAAGAAUGGAAUAUGGGGAAGACAGAAGCUCCAGACAUGUCAGGAGAAGGCCUGCAGUAGAAACCCCACACAAUUCUACCAGAAAGGAGCCAUCAAACAUUACUCAAAUUCCGGAACAAACCCCCAGUACCUUCAAGAAGGCCUUCAAGGAACAUAAGAGGCAGUAUUCCGAUUAUAAAGACUCUAACAACCGUAUAAAAAGCAGUGUAGCUCUAGCAGGGGCUCAAAGGGCUUCUGCAGGGAUUGUUCCGUCAGAAGGUAAGAAGGUGAAGUUUGACUGA